AUGGCGCUGUCAAUUGACUCUUAUCAGGAGACCCAAGCUGAACAGGGCGAAUCUCUCACGGCUGAUGAUAUGAUACGACCAUCCGGUGCCUACGUCCCCAUUGAGACCGCUGGUAUGGUAUACAGAUGGUCAGACACGACAGUGCAAUGUGUUCAGGUCACGUUGAAUUAG